UGACGAAGAAGUCGGAGUAGAGAAAGGAAGAGACUGACCAUAAAAAAAGUGUUUUUAAUUAAAGUCACAAGUUGUCAUGCGUACUUGGUAUGAUAGGAGGGAAGUGUCCUUAUAACAGCUGUUUCUAUCUGUGCCCACUCCACUGCUCCCCCUUCCCUGCUCUUUACGCAUUAAACUGUAACUGAACAGUUAGUGAAGUCAACUUUACUGGCGCGACUUUGUUAAAAUGCAUUGAUCGGAGUGUGUAUGGGAGCCUUUCCUACAUUUGUAGCUCAUAUGAGUGGACAGCACAGCAGAAAUAUACAAUGUAUUGCUAGGACGAUUCAGAAAACACCAUGGCAGACAGAAGGACUUUCAACGUUGUGAUUUUGGGUGUGGGAUUUUUGUUCAUUUUCACCGCCUUCACCACCUGUGGGAACGUUGAACAAACUGUGGUGAAAAGCCUGGAUAAUGAUACUUUCACUGGAAGUGGGUACCACAGUCUUGGAAUCAUCUAUGGCAUCUUUUCCUUUUCAAAUUUACUUGCACCAACAGUCGUUACAGUGAUUGGGCCAAAAGUGACCAUGUUUUUAAGUGGCCUGCUUUACAGUGGGUACAUCGCUGUGUUCAUCAUCCCUUCAACAUGGUCCUUUUACUUGACCUCUGUACUCAUCGGCAUAGCAGCAGCCAUGCUGUGGACAGCUCAAGGACACUUUUUGGUGGAAAACUCAGAGGCCUCCACCAUCAACAGGAACACUGGGAUGUUCUGGGCUCUCUUACAGUGCAGCAUGUUCUUUGGCAAUCUUUACAUUUACCUUGACUGGAAUGGAAAAACAGAGAUAACAGACAGCAGCAGGAAAAACAUCUUUCUCUCCCUGUUGGUCGCCUCCGUACUCGGCACACUCAGCUUCCUGGUGUUGAGGAAGAGCCAUCAAGAAGAGGAGAUGCUCUCUGAAGAGGAAGGGCGGUCACUGCUCUCGACCCGCAUGAUGUAUAAGCACAGAGCAAGCACGGCCAUGCAAGAUGCCAAGUCAGAAAUGAAAACUAUCCUGCAACUUCUGAAGACUAAAACUAUACUGCUCCUGAGUCCCUGCAUGGCAUACAGCGGCCUCGAGCUAUCUUUCUACAGUGGAGUGUACGGGACAUGUAUUGGAGCAACUACACAGUUUGGAGAAGCAGCUAAAGGCUUGAUUGGGAUCUCUGGGAUCGUGGUAGGCAUUGGAGAAAUAGUGGGGGGAGGCUUGUUCGGAUUGUUGUGUAAAAACAACCGCUUCAGACGGACCUCUGUGGUGUUCCUGGGAAUGGUUGUCCACUUUAUUGCUUUCUAUUUGGUCUUCCUUAACAUCCCAGAUGAUGCUCCUGUCGUCUUUAAAACCACCACCCAAAAGACGCCAUAUCUAACUCCCAGUGUAUCCAUUGCCCUGCUGUGCAGCUUCUUGCUUGGACUUGGGGACAGUUGUUUCAACACACAGCUCUACAGCAUAUUAGGCCGUGUUUAUGCGGAACACAGCACGCCUGCAUUUGCCAUCUUCAAAUUCAUCCAGUCUGUUUUCGCAGCAGUGGCGUUCUUCUACAGCGGUUAUGUCCUGUUGAUGUGGCAGCUCCUGCUGAUGAUCAUCCUGGGCUUCACUGGAACUCUCUGCUUCUUCGUGGUGGAGAGGAUGCAGAACUUCUCUGUAGAAUUCCAGGAAUAUUAGAAAGGAGACAUUCUGAUAUCAGAAUUGAUUGUUUUGUGCGAGAGACACAUUGUGGGAGGAAUUGAGGCCAUCAGAAAAACAAUCAUGCAUCUUUUAUUUAAUGAGGGGUUAUUUUAAAAUCUCUUUUUAGUUAUAGCACUGAAGGUCAUACACAUUUGGAUAACAUUCAUACUUGAAAAAGUCUGAAUUGGUGCCACAACUGAAACCAAGUCGCCUUAAGAAAACCUUUGAAUAGUAUUGCAUGGUUAUCAGUCAGUCUGGAUUGUUCCUUGCACAUUUUCUGUUUUCAUUUCCCGACAGUACACAGUAUGAUUGUUAAUCAUUUACACUAUUUUUAUACUGCACUUCAUCUUAGUGUAGGAUUGUAAAAAUAACCACUCAUGUGUCAUACUUAAUCUGCAUUGCUUUCAGCUCAGGUUCGUUAUUAGUGUCAUUGUUUAAAAUAUUUUAUGCAUCUAAGUGUUACUUUAUAACUUUUAAAGCUGUUUAUAGUUUAUCAGAAUAUCGACAGAUUGAUGAAAAUAAUGUAAUAUUGUUCCUGUCAUUCUCUUUGAGAGUAAAAUGUUAACUAAUUAAUGCCUGACAAUCAUUGUUCUUAACUUUCUUUGUAAAUUUUGCAUGUUAAUGUCAGUGCUUUUUCCCCAGUUUCGUGUAUCUGAUGAAUAAAGUUCAAUGCAUUUUGCA